UUUAGGGCACAGAAGAUCCAGGCUCAGCUCCUCCCGCCACCGCCCCAUCUCCCCCCGGGCGCCGCCACCUUCUCCCGCCGUCUGAGCGCCUCGACUUCCCCAGCGGCCGGGGUCAUGGACCGGGUUGCCCUCAGCGCUCCGGUCUGCAGGGUGGCCAGACCCCGCUCUCCCGGCCUGGCGUCGCGCCCCGUGUCCCGCGGGGACCCUCCUGCGCCCCGCGAGCUGCGCGCAGCAAGUGGCCCCGGCCGCGUGCGGACGCCCGUGCGGGCUGCGCAAGGGGUGGUCGGCACCAGCCACGAGGGGCCCCCAAGCUUUCUCUUCGAGCUGGCGUCGCGGCCGCCCCGCAGCUGUGAGGACCGCGCGGCACCACUGCUCGCCCCAGACAGAAGCCUUCCCGUUCAGGUCCUGAGAGCUGACGAUAACAACACAGGUGAUGGCUAUUCUCAGAAACUGGCAACCGUUAGCAUACUCCGUUUUCUGUUGUUGUUCCUGAUUCCAUGCAUCUGUGCUCUCAUUGUCCUGCUGGUCAUAUUGCUUUCUUUUGUGGGAACAUUAAAAAAGGCCUAUUUUACAUCAAAUGGGAGCGAACCAUUGGUCACUGAUGGUAAAAUCCAAGUGCCUAGUAUUACUUUUAGGAAUAUGCUUUAUAACCAAAGCACCACAUCAUCUACUCUACAUACCAGCCAAUUCCUUCCAGCCUGGACUACUGAGGCUUCUCCCCCACGGGACCAAACCCACAGGAACACAAGUGCCUGUAUGAACAUCACCCAUACCCAGUGUCAGAUGCUGCCCUACAACUCAACACUAACACCUCUCUUCUCCAUGGUCAAAAACAUGGAAAUGGAGAAGUUCCUCAAGUUCUUCAUGUAUCUCCAUCGCCUCAGUUGCUAUCAACAUAUCUUGCUGUUUGGCUGCAGCCUUGCCUUCCCUGAGUGCAUCCGUGAUGGCGAUGACAGCUAUGGUCUCCUGCCUUGUAGAUCCUUCUGUGAGGCUGCCAAAGAAGGCUGUGAAUCAGUGCUUGGAGUCGUGAACUCGUCCUGGCCUGACUUCCUCAAAUGCUCCCAGUUUAGAAACCAAACUGAAGGCAGUAACAUCAGUAGGAUUUGCUUCUCACCACAACAGGAGAAAGGAAAACAAUCACUGUGUGGAAGAGGUGAGAGCUUUCUGUGUAGCAGUGGAAUCUGUGUCCCUAGGAAACUGCAGUGUAAUGGCUACAACGACUGUGAUGACUGGAGUGAUGAAGCUCAUUGCAAUUGCAGUGAGAGUCUGUUUCGCUGUCACACUGGCAAGUGCCUUAAUUAUAGCCUUGUUUGUGAUGGGUACGAUGACUGUGGGGAUCUGAGUGAUGAGCAAAACUGUGAUUGCAAUCCCACCAAGGAACAUCGCUGUGGAGAUGGGCGCUGCAUCUCCAUAGAAUGGGUGUGUGACGGCGACCAGGACUGUGUGGAUAAGUCUGAUGAGGUCAAUUGCUCCUGUCUCAGCCAGGGUCUGAUGGAAUGCAGAAAUGGACAGUGUAUCCCCAGCACUUUCUGGUGUGAUGGAGAUGAGGACUGCAAGGAUGGAAGUGAUGAGGAGAACUGCAGUGACAGUCAGACUCCAUGUCAGGAAGGAGACCAAAGAUGCCUCUACAAUUCCUGCCUUGAUUCAUGUGGUGGUAGUUCUUUCUGUGACCCGAACACCAGUCUGAAUAACUGUAGUCAAUGUGAACCAAUUACGUUGGAGCUCUGCAUGAAUUUGCCCUACAAUUAUACACAGUAUCCAAAUUACCUUGGACAUAGGACUCAGAAUGAAGCAUCUAUCAGUUGGGAAUCCUCUCUUUUCCCUGCACUUGUUCAGACCAACUGUUACAAGUACCUCAUGUUUUUUGCUUGCACCAUCUUGGUACCAAAGUGUGAUGUGAAUACAAGUCAGCGUAUCCCUCCUUGCAGAGUGCUAUGUGAACACUCCAAAGAACGCUGCGAGUCUGUUCUUGGGAUUGUGGGCCUACAGUGGCCUGAAGAUACAGAUUGCAAUCAAUUUCCAGAAGAAAGUUCAGAUAAUGAAACCUGCUUAAUGCCUGGUGAAGAUGUGGAAGAAUGUUCACCUAGUCACUUCAAGUGCAGGUCUGGACGGUGUGUUCUGGCUUCCAGAAGAUGUGAUGGUCAAGCUGAUUGUGAUGAUGACAGUGAUGAAGAAAACUGUGGCUGUAAAGAGAGAGAUCUUUGGGAAUGUCCAUCCAGUAAACAGUGUUUGACGCACUCAGUCAUAUGUGAUGGCUUCCCAGACUGUCCUGAUGACAUGGAUGAAAAAAACUGCUCAUUUUGCCAAGAUGAUGAACUUGAAUGUGUCAACCAUCAAUGCGUGUCACGUGACCAGUGGUGUGACGGCCAGGCAGACUGCUUAGACAGUUCAGAUGAAUGGAACUGUGUGACCCUGUCUAAAAAUGUGAACUCCUCUUCAUUCCUCACUGUUCACAGAUCUGCCGUGGAACACCAAGUGUGUGUGGAUGGCUGGCAGGAGACAUUGAGUCAGCUAGCCUGCAAGCAGAUGGGUUUAGGGGAGCCAUCUGUGACUGAAUCAGUACAGGAACAGGAACAAUACCUGCAGUGGUUGGUGUUACACUCCAACUGGGAAAGUCUCAAUGGAACGACUCUGCAUGAAUUGUUGGUAAAAGGGCAAUCUUGUCCCAGCAGAAGUAAGAUUUCUCUUCUGUGUUCUAAACUAGACUGUGGGCGCCGCCCUGCUGCCCGAAUGAACAAGAGGAUCCUUGGGGGUCGAACGAGUCGCCCUGGAAGGUGGCCAUGGCAGUGCUCUCUCCAGAGUGAACCCAGUGGACACAUUUGUGGCUGUGUUCUCAUUGCCAGGAAGUGGGUUCUGACAGUUGCUCACUGCUUUGAGGGGAGAGAGAAUGCUGAUGUUUGGAAAGUGGUGUUUGGUAUCAACAAUCUCGACCACCCUUCGACAUUCACACAGACACGCCUGGUGAAAACCAUCAUCCUGCACCCUCGAUACAGCCGGGCGGUGGUAGACUAUGACAUCAGCAUUGUGGAGCUCAGUGAAGAGAUCAGUGAAACCAGCUAUGUCAGGCCGGUCUGCCUACCCCACAAGGGGCAGUUGUUGGAACCUGAUACAUACUGUUCCAUCACAGGCUGGGGGCACAUGGGCAACAAAAUGCCUUUUAAGCUGCAAGAAGGAGAAGUCCGCAUUAUUUCCCUGGAGCAGUGCCAGUCUUACUUUGACAUGAAGACCAUCACCACCCGGAUGAUAUGUGCUGGCUACGAGUCGGGUACGGUGGACUCGUGCAUGGGUGACAGCGGCGGGCCUCUUGUUUGUGAGCAGCCUCAAGGGCAGUGGACCUUAUUUGGUUUAACUUCCUGGGGUUCUAUCUGCUUUUCCAAAGUUCUGGGACCCGGAGUUUAUAGCAACGUGUCAUACUUCAUUGAAUGGAUUGAAAGACAAAUAUACAUCCACACAUUUCUCCUCAACUAAUUCCAAAGAUCAACGACGUGUGUCAGCUCCACUCAAAGCAAAAUGGCUUCCUUGACUGGGGAGCUUCCUGCAAACUACUGGACAGAAGUACUUUU